CUCGCCAGCACGCGAGGACUGGUCCUCCCCUCCUCUUUCCCCAGGACAGUGGGGCUCGUCUCUCCCCCCCCCAGCCCACUCCUGGAGGCAGCGGGGAGGGAGGCGCUGGUUUGCAGGCGCUAAGGGGGUGCUGUGGAUGGCCCUGCGCACUGGGACGGCUUGGUUUGGGCAGGUCCUGCGCAGAGUUUCCCGGCUGCCGGGCACCUGGUCCAGGCGCUCCAGCAGCCUCCUGUGCCUGUCUUCCUCCCAGGAGCCCGAGCAGGGAGGCGGGGAGCUGCCGCCCCGGAGCCUUGGGAGCCGCCGCCGCCCCCUGCGGCUGCCCCCCUGCUGCCUGCAGCUCCCCCCCGCCGGCUGCGGCUGCUGCACCCUGUCGGAUCCCCGGACGGCCAGGGGGGGACAUGGUCCCCUCACUCGCCCCUUGCUGGCGGCCAUGAAGAGGCAGAACGUGCGGACCCUGUCCCUGAUCAUCUGCACGUUCACCUACCUGCUGGUCGGGGCCGCCGUCUUUGAUGCCCUGGAGUCCGACAACGAGUUGCGGGAGGAGGAGAAGCUCAAAGCCGAGGAGAUCCGGCUCAAAGGGAAGUACAACAUCACCAGCGAGGACUACCGGCAGCUGGAGCUGGUCAUCAUGCAGUCCGAGCCCCACCGGGCCGGGGUCCAGUGGAAAUUCGCGGGCUCCUUCUACUUUGCCAUCACGGUCAUCACGACUAUCGGUUAUGGACAUGCUGCCCCAGGGACAGAUGCCGGGAAAGCCUUUUGUAUGUUCUAUGCUGUCCUGGGGAUCCCACUGACACUGGUCAUGUUCCAGAGCCUGGGUGAGCGCAUGAACACCUUUGUCAAGUACCUCCUGAAACGGAUCAAAAAGUGCUGCGGCAUGAGGAGCACUGAUGUCUCCAUGGAAAACAUGGUCACUGUGGGUUUCUUCUCCUGCAUGGGAACCCUCUGCAUUGGAGCAGCAGCUUUUUCCCAGUAUGAGGAGUGGAGCUUUUUCCAUGCUUACUAUUACUGCUUUAUAACAUUGACUACGAUAGGGUUUGGCGACUAUGUGGCCCUGCAGACCAAAGGGGCCCUCCAAAAGAAGCCACUCUAUGUGGCUUUUAGCUUUAUGUACAUUCUAGUGGGGUUGACAGUCAUUGGGGCAUUUCUAAAUCUGGUUGUUCUCAGGUUCUUAACCAUGAACAGUGAGGACGAGAGACGGGAUGCCGAGGAGCGGGCAUCCCUGGCAGGGAACCGCAACAGCAUGAUUAUCCACAUCCAAGAGGACAGCCAGCAUGUUCGGCCACGGUACAAAGCCGAAGUAACAGACCUUCAGUCGGUUUGUUCCUGCAUGUGUUACAGGUCCCAUGAGUACACCAGCCGGAUGGUGUCGCACCAAAAUUCGUUCAGCUCCAAGCUGAAUCCUCAGUACUUUCACUCCAUCUCUUACAAGAUAGAAGAGAUCUCACCAAGCACAUUGAAAAACAGCCUUUUCCCAUCUCCUGUUAGCUCCAUCUCACCUGGGUUGCACAGCUUUACAGAUAACCACAGGCUGAUGAAAAGGCGAAAGUCCAUUUAAAGUGUUUUGUCUUCUUUUGCUUUACUUGUUUCCCCCAAUUACCUUUUUUGUUUCUUGAGUGAGACGGAGCGAGGCCAAAGGGAAUAGAAAAAGCCAGUCCUCCUCUGAGACUCAGCUCUUGAGCAUGAAGCAUGGAUUAUUACUGUUCCAGAAAAGUAUGCCUUACAUUACCCCCUCGGUGGAUUUCAGAGGAUUCGAGGUGACAUGAAAUGGGUACCAAAUCCAAAGUUGCACACAAGCUGGGAGCCUUCAUGUGCCAUUGGCACUCCUGACCUAAUAAACUAUUUUCCUCUCAAGCAGGUCGCUGUGUGCGUGUGCGCGUGUGUGUUGAGUGCGUGUGUGUGCAAUUCCACAACUAGUGCCAUGUGACAAAAAUGCAUCAGGUAUUAAUUUUUUUCCCCUUGAAGCAAUUGUGUUCCAGCCUGCUUUUAACUUUUAGACUGCUUUCAAAAGAAUAGGGGACGGGGGAGCCAAUUUGUUUUGUUUUUGCCAACUCAAGCAUGUGUCAUAAGCAGUCAAUAUACCAGGUGUAUCAUGAUAAAUUUUUGAAUGCUAGAUUUUAGAUUGUAUUAACAUAAAAAAAAGAGACAGGAAAAGAUGGAUCAUUUUAGCUUGCCAGUUCAAAAUUAAAAAUAAAAUAAAAUAAAAAUAAAGCAUGCACUUUGUAAAACUGGUAUGCAUUAUAAAAAAAACACAAGAAAAACUAGCAAUGGAAUUAAUAAUCAAAAGCAAAUAAUAUCAUUGAUUUAACUAAAUUUACUUUCACCAUUUGCUACUGUUCCAACAAUUUGUGCAAGUAGAAUUUUUUAAGAGAAAUUGGGGAAAUUGUUGGAACUAUAGAGUUUCUUUUUGUUACUUUGCUCUAAUUUAUAAAAUUUAUUAUUAUUAUGAAGGCGAUUAUUUUAUUUUAUUUUUUUGUGCAGCAACUACCUGCAUGAAUAGGAAUUAUAUUUUUUGAAAUGCUUGGAUGAGGAUGGGUAUAAAUAGGCGGAUGUAUAUUUUUUUCCUAUAUAAUAGUGACAAGGCAUUCCUUGUUUUAAAUAAAUAAAAAAAUAAUGAUGAUUGUCUCUAAAUGCUUUUGAUUUGUAAAUAGUGGAAAGCCUUUGUUGGUCUCAGGAAGAAUUCAAGGAACAGUAUCUUGAUGGUUUUUGGCCUACUGGGAACUUGCGGUAGUAGAUAUGGUCUUGCUUUUUGGCUAGUCUGAAAGGCAUAAGUAUGUGCCUGCGUGUGGCAAGAACAAUUGCACUCCGGUGUUUUGAAGGGUUAAACUGGGAACAGAUUGCAUUAGCCAGAUGGAGUGAAGGCUGAUGAUAUCACUAAGUGAAAUUGUUCCUUUGGGAUCAUUUGCCACCCAGCUAAUGAUCUGAACCAAACUGACUUUACAGAACCAUAUUCUAGGUCCUGGUCCAACUCCCACUGAUGCUAGUGGAAGUUUGUAAUAAUGAAUGCAAGCAGGAUAUGGUCCACUGGGAGUUUUGUCUUCAUGUUCAAUGGAGGCAGGAUCGGGGCCCAUAUCAGGGUACAGUGGUGCAUCUGAAUUAAUAACCCUACCUUUUAAAAUGCCUUCAGGGUUAAUGUACAAAAAAGCAUUAUCUAUCUGGCACAAAUCAUCUCUCUUGCUGAUUACACUCGUAUAUACUUUCUGUAUACAAGCAAUAAUCCCCCAUAUAUAGUUCUAAGUGUACCUGGAUAAUACGUUUUCUCAAAUUCAUGCAAACCUCCAUUUCAGAUCUGACCUCAACAGCUGGGUGCACAUAUGGGAUGUUGACUGCCUUCCUACGGUUUAUUUGUCAGGGGCAUUAAUGGGCAGAAGUUAGUAAUGACCUCUACUUUCAACUCUCUUCUUCUAGCUUUUAUCAUUCAGCAAAGUCAAAGUCUGUAAUUUCAGUGUGUUAUAACACACAAAUAUCCACAACUUUGAAAGCUUUCUAUGACUUCCUCUUCUGGGAAUUUCUGCUAAAUCAUGCUGGUAUUGCACAUUAAAACGUCCAAUAAUAUGUGUGAAACACUAAACUAGAGUUCUGAGUGACCAUGAACUGAAAUGAACAUUUUAGCCUAAUUUAUGGGAAAUGCGUUUUUAUCUAGUGUUAAUGGGUACUGUGGGUACAUAAUUAACACGCCUAUUAGUGACAUGCUUUAAGCACCCAAUAGACUCUAAGACUUAUGAUGAUGAUGAUAGAAGCUUUGAAACAGGUAGAUAUUUGGAAAGCAGUCUUAACAUUCUGUGAUCCACCUCUAUGAUAACCGAUUAGACAGCUGUUUCAAGACGUGUGAUCUAUUGGUCUUCUGAGACUCACUGUUACAUAUGUUUUUGUUUGUGAUGCUAUUCUAAGAGCCUCCCAAAAGUGAAAAUGAUUGUGGUCCUCUUUUGCUACUAAGGAAUAAGCUGUAUGUAUACAAUGUGCAUAUCUGGCAAAUAUAGUAGGAAUCCAAGAAAAUCAACAAAAAGUUUGGUUUCACAAAGCUUUGAACAUUCAAAUUCUGCUUGCCUUUGAGGGGAGAAUUUGGCUUGGAGAACUUUUUUCAAAAACUUGAAAAAGUUAUACAAAUGUUGGAUUUUUUUUAUUAAGGGAAAAAAAAAUCUCUUUUCUCACCAAAUGGAACUAAAUUGUCAAAAAUUCUUCAAGGUUUUGAAUUAUAGAUGUUCAAUGUUGUAAUGUGUUCUAACCGAGAUGUUAUAGAUUCUCCCAUCUGAAGCUAGACAAAUUCAGAUGAGAAAUAAAGUACACAUUUUUAACAGUGAGGGGAAUUAACCAUUGGAAUAGCUUACCUAGAGAAGUGGUGCAUUCUUCAUCAUUUGAAGUCUUUAUAUCAAGACUGUCUGUCUUUUUAAAAGAUAUGCUACAGCUCAACCAGAAGUUAUGGUUUUGGUUCAGGAAUUACUGGGUCAAAUUCCUAUGGCCUGUGUUAUGAAAGAGGACAGACUAGAUAAUUAUAACACUCCUUUUUAACCUUUAAAGAUCUUCUAAACUUUCCACAGUAUGCACCUGAUGAAGUGAGCUGUAGCUCACGAAAGCUUAUGCUCAAAUAAAUUGGUUAGUCUCUAAGGUGCCACAAGUACUCCUUUUCUUUUUAACCUUAGAUCUCUGAAUGUAAAGAGAGAGUGUGUGUGUCUUGUGGGACGCCAUUUAGACAGAAGGUGUCUAUGUGCCUUAGGAUAUGUUUUUCUGCCUGAAAGAUCAGUAAAUCUGUCCAAACUCUUUCUGGUAUUCUUAUCUUAAAUACGAUCUUCAUGUCUCCUUGUUUGCAUUUUGAAACCAGUCCCUUAUAUGAAAUCUUUCUAAGACCCCUUUUGUAUGAGCUCUUAUAGUAUAGGUAGCUGAAUUCUCUUGUCUGUAUGUUCAUCCCCUUCUUGAACUAGAUGAAAAUGUAGGCGUGUAUUUUGUGAUACACUCUCUGAUAUUGGGUGACAAAAAAUGCUUUGGGUAGAGAAAGCAGGGGACAAUGGAAGGGGGCAGUCCCAGAAUCAAGCAGUAAAUGUGAAGCCUUGGGGAUAUAGCUGCUCCUAUGCCUCUUCCUGUGGGGGAAAGGGAGAUAUGGCUGGGGCAUAAAAAUGUCUAGGUGAUUUCCUGGUUGCUGCUGGUAGCUGGCACCACUUAGGGCAGUCCACACACCGCUAAGUCUGCCUAGAGACCAGGCCAGUGUAUAUUGGUGUAGACUAAAGGGACGUAUGAAGGUAGUUUAAAGCCACCUUGGCACUAUGCUUCCUUGAACUGUGGCAAAUGCUCUUGAAUUGCAGCUCAAACUCUGGGUCUUUUUGUGAACAUAUUUCAGCCCAUGGGUUAUAGUCACACACUGUUGCACAUCUAUUUUUAAUUCUUCAUGAUUAGUUAUUUAUGGAGAUGGAGAGGUAAUAAUUGAUGACCUGAAGAAGGCUGAGGUGUUUAAUGCCUAUUCUGCUUCAAUCUUUGCUAAAAAAGGUUAAUGAUGGCCAGAUACUCAGCACAAUGAAUAUUGACAACAAGGAGAAAGGAAUGCAAGCCAAAAUAGGGAACAACAGGUUACAGAAUAUUUAAAUAAGUUGGAUGUAUUCAAUCCAGCAGGGCCUGAUGGAACUCAUUUUAGGGUACUUAAGGAACUAGCUGAAGCAAUCUCGGAACCAUAGCAAUUAUCUUUGAGAACGCAUGGAGGAGAGUGAGGUCCCAGAGGAUUGGAGAAGGGCAAAUAUAGUAGCUGUCUUUAAAAAGGUAAACAAGGAGGACCUGGAGAAUUAUAGACCAGUCAGCCUAACUUCAAUACCUGGAAAGGUACUGGAACAAAUUAUUAAACAAUCAGUUUAUAAGCAUCUAGAGGAUAAUAAGAUUAUAAGGAAUGGCCAGCCUGGAUUUGUCAAGAACAAAUCAGGCCAAACCACCAAUUUUCUUCUGUGGUAGGGUUACUGGUCUGGUGGAUGGGGGAAAGCAGUAGAAGUGAUAUAUCUUGAUUUUAGUAAGGCAUUUGAUUCAGUCCACAUGACAUUCUCAUAAGCAAACUAGGGAAAUGUGGUCCAGAUAAAAUUACUGUAUGGUAGGUUUGCAAAUGGUUGAAGGACCAUACUCAAAGAGUAGUUAUCAAUGGUUUGUAAUGGGCUUAAUCUGCAGCAAGGGAGAUUUAGGUUAGAUAUGAGGAAAACUUUUCUAACUAUAAGGGAAUAGGCUUGCAAAGAAGGUUGUAGAAUCCCAAUUAUUGGAGGUUUUUAUGAACAGUUGGACAAACACCUCUCAGGGAUGGUCUAGGUUUAUUUGGUCUUGUCUCAGCAGAGGAGGCUGGACUGGAUGUUUUAUUUAAGUCCCUUCCAGCCCUAGAUUUCUAUGAUUCUAUGGUACAUGGUUGAUUGCCCAAAUGACAUGGUGUUGUUUCUGCUCCUUGAUUGGUUGACUGAACAUUUUGUAAAGUGGAUGGGGAAGAAUCAAAGUGAUGGCUGCCCAAACACUUCCAGCAUAAAACAUCUUGGACCAUUUGCUUUGUGACCAUUCUCACAUAGAAAAACUCACUUGUACGAACAUCUGCAGACAAACAAUAAUAACAAUAAAACCAUAACAAUGAAAUCUAAUUAAAAUACCCUUUGUAAUGCUUUUUUGCCAUACUUGUUCAGCUUUGUGUGUGGAAUUUAGAACUGGAAUGAACAAAGCACUAGAGGAAACAUUAUAUGGAACACAAUCAUACACAAAAAAGCCAAAUCCUGCUUACCUGACCACCAGGAGAAUUCCCAUUGACUUCAGUGGGGAAUUAAUCAUAACAGUCACCCUGUAAAAAGAAAAGGAGUACUUGUGGCACC